AUGGCCGGCCGGCCUGGAGGUGGACCGCCGUCUCACAACGACAACCUGAUCGACUUGGAUGAACCGCAGCCGUACUACUCGGGCGCCCGUCCCCCCGUAAACGACGAUGACCUCCUCCACCGCUUCGACAUCGAAAGCACCGACACUGCGCCGCAAGGCCGGCCGUCCGUCUCCUACGAUGACUUUGUCGGUGGAGGCCGACCGACCACGACCACGAACACGAACACGAACACGAACACGUCGAGUCUGCCGGGAGGGCCUGGCGCACCCGUACCCACCGGCCAGGCGCCCUAUCUGCAGGCCGGAAGCAGAGCCUACUCGCAGACUUCAGAUUUGAACAACUACCAGCGCUACUCCGACGCCGACAUACCCAUUGAAGAUGACGGCCGCUCCACCCAGGGCUACUAUGCCGCCGGCAGCGCCUUCGACCCUACGUCGCCUGGCCUGCAGCGAGGCGCUUCCAAGAAGAACCACAACCGGAAUAGUAUCCUGAGCCUCGGCGGCGGCCUCACUGGUCGAGUCAAAAACAUAUUUGGAAAGGGCAACGAAUACUCGGAGAUGGAUCUGCCGCUGACCGAGCAUGCGGCGCAGCAGGGUCAGUCGAGUGCGAGCGCAUACGACGAUGGCCACUCCGCCAAGACGAAGAAGCGCACGUCAGGAACCUUCAAGUUUGGAUUUGGGAGAGGAGCACCGGACCCAUCGACCCUAGGACCCAGGAUGAUCCAGCUCAACAACCCUCCCGCCAACGCCGCCAACAGAUACGUCGACAAUCACGUUUCCACCACAAAGUACAACCUCGUCACCUUCCUGCCCAAGUUCCUGUACGAACAGUUCUCCAAAUACGCCAAUUUGUUUUUCUUGUUCACUGCCGUUUUGCAACAGAUACCCGGAAUCUCACCUACUUCGAGAUACACCACCAUUGUCCCGCUGUUCAUUGUCUUGCUCGUGUCCGCGGUCAAGGAGUACGUGGAAGACUACAGGCGGAAACAGUCCGACGCACAGUUGAACAACUCGAAGGCGCAGGUGCUGAAGGGUUCAUCGUUUGAGGACGCAAAGUGGAUCAACGUUGCUGUGGGCGACAUUAUACGAGUCGAGUCCGAACAGCCUUUCCCUGCUGAUCUUGUUCUGCUUGCCUCAUCUGAGCCCGAAGGCUUGUGCUACAUCGAGACCGCCAACUUAGAUGGAGAAACCAACCUCAAAAUCAAGCAAGCAAUUCCGGAGACAGCUGACUUUGUUAGUCCCUCUGAUCUGGGUCGCCUCGGCGGCAAGAUUCGAUCAGAGCAACCCAACAGCAGCUUGUAUACGUACGAAGCCACGUUGACCAUCGCAGCUGGAGGGGGCGAAAAGGAGCUGCCCCUGCAGCCUGACCAGCUGUUGUUGCGUGGUGCCACACUCCGUAACACGCAAUGGAUUCACGGUGUUGUUGUGUUCACGGGUCACGAGACGAAACUUAUGAGGAACGCUACCGCAACGCCCAUCAAGACAACUGCAGUAGAAAGAAUGGUCAACAAGCAGAUUCUCAUGCUUGUCAUUAUCCUCGUGGGUCUUAGUAUCAUCAGCUCCAUCGGUGACGUGGUUACACGAUCAUCUCGAGCGAAGAACCUCGAAUACUUGCGACUGGAAGACUUCAAUGGCGCAAAGCAGUUCUUCUCCGACCUGCUGACCUACUGGGUCCUGUAUUCGAAUUUGGUACCCAUCUCACUUUUCGUCACGAUUGAGAUUGUCAAGUACUACACGGGUUCUCUAAUAGACUCAGAUCUGGAUAUCUACUACGAACCCACAGAUACACCUGCAAACUGUCGAACGUCGUCCCUGGUGGAAGAGCUUGGUCAGAUCGAGUACAUCUUUUCUGACAAGACCGGUACGCUGACUUGCAACGUGAUGGAAUUCAAGCAAGCAUCCAUUGCUGGCAUACAGUACGCCGAUGAAAUCCCUGAAGACAGGAGAGCUACCAUGGAGGACGGCGUUGAGGUCGGCAUUCAUGACUUCAAGCAGCUUGAAAACAACCGCAGGACGCACCGAAACAAGUACAUCAUCGACCAGUUCCUUACACUGCUCUCGACAUGUCACACAGUCAUACCUGAGCGAGGUGGAGAAAAGGAUGUGAUCAAGUACCAAGCUGCCUCUCCCGACGAAGGUGCAUUGGUGGAAGGUGCGGUAACGCUAGGGUACAAGUUCACGGCAAGAAAACCGCGAGCUGUCAUUAUGGAGGUCGAUGGUCAAAGGAAGGAGUAUGAGCUGUUGGCCGUGUGCGAGUUCAACUCGACAAGAAAGCGCAUGUCCACCAUCUUCCGCACGCCCGAGGGCAAGAUUGUCUGCUACUGCAAGGGCGCAGAUACGGUCAUCUUAGAACGAUUGUCAAAGGACAACAACCCACAUGUUGAGACGACGUUGACGCAUCUUGAGGAGUACGCUGCUGAAGGUCUUCGAACGCUGUGUCUCGCUAUGCGCGAAGUCUCGGAAGCCGAGUACCAAGAAUGGUGGCAGAUCUACAACACGGCCCAGACCACAGUAAGCGGCAACCGUGCCGAAGAGCUUGACAAGGCCGCUGAGCUCAUCGAGCAUGAUUUCACAUUGCUCGGUGCCACCGCUAUCGAGGACAAGCUACAAGACGGUGUACCGGACACAAUCGCUACUCUGCAAUCUGCAGGCAUCAAGAUUUGGGUCUUGACUGGUGAUCGACAAGAGACUGCUAUCAACAUCGGCAUGAGUUGUAAAUUGAUCAGUGAAGACAUGAGUCUGCUCAUCAUCAACGAAGAGUCAAAGGAAGCGACAAGGGACAACAUCGCUAAGAAGUACAACGCCAUCAUGAGCCAGGGACAGGGAGGUGCGGAAAUGGACGUCUUGGCUCUGGUCAUCGACGGAAAGUCACUCACCUAUGCAUUGGAACGCGACCUCGAGAAGCAAUUCUUGGACCUGGCUGUCAGGUGCAAGGCUCUCAUCUGCUGCCGUGUCUCUCCGCUCCAAAAAGCCCUCGUCGUCAAGCUUGUGAAGCGCCAUCUGAAAGCCAUCCUGCUAGCCAUUGGUGAUGGUGCGAACGAUGUGUCUAUGAUCCAAGCCGCUCACGUUGGCGUCGGUAUCAGUGGUAUGGAAGGUCUCCAGGCAGCUCGAAGUGCAGAUAUCUCGAUCGGUCAGUUCCGCUACCUGCGCAAGCUGCUCCUUGUCCACGGCGCCUGGAGCUACCAGCGAGUCAGCAAGGUCAUCCUCUAUUCUUUUUACAAGAACAUUGCCAUGUUCAUGACACAGUUCUGGUACGCCUUCCAAAACGCCUUCUCGGGACAGAUCAUCUACGAAUCCUGGACCCUCACCUUCUACAACGUCUUCUUCACGGCCGCGCCGCCCUUCGUCCUCGGAAUCUUCGACCAGUUCAUCAGCGCUCGCCUACUCGACCGCUACCCACAGCUCUACCGUCUUAGUCAGUCAGGUGUCUUCUUCAAGAUGCACUCGUUCUGGUCGUGGGUCGCAAAUGGCUUUUACCACUCUCUUAUCCUCUACUUCGGUUCCCAAGCCAUCAUCCUCUGGGACUGGCCACAGUGGGACGGCCGAAACGCCGGUCAUUGGACAUGGGGUGCCGCGUCGUAUACCGCCAACUUGGCCACGGUGCUUCUCAAAGCCGGCCUCAUCACCAACAUCUGGACCAAGUACACAUUCCUUGCCAUCCCGGGGUCGUUCGUUCUCUGGUUCAUUCUCAUGCCGAUUUACGCGACUGUAGCGCCCAUGGUCAAUAUCUCGACCGAAUACGUUGGUGUCAUUGAACGCUUGUUUCCGGACCCGAGGUUCUGGGCUAUGGUCCUGGUGCUGCCACCGCUCUGUCUGAUCAGAGACUUUGCAUGGAAGUACGCUAAGCGCAUGUACUUUCCGCAGAGCUACCAUCACGUGCAGGAGAUCCAGAAGUACAACAUCCAGGAUUACCGACCAAGGAUGGAGCAAUUCCAAAAAGCCAUUCGCAAGGUCCGACAAGUCCAGCGCAUGCGCAAGCAGCGCGGUUACGCCUUCUCACAAACAGAUGAGAGUCAAGCGAGAGUUCUGCAGGCGUACGACACCACACAGCAGCGAGGACGGUACGGCGAGAUGGCGAGUUCGCGAAAGUAG